GGACCUCCCCAUAUCGCACUCCAAGGAUAAAACACGCCGCACGAACGACAUCAUGGAUCCCCAACAGCGCGGUAGGUCGCCCUCAGCGGCCCAGCGCGCUCAUAUAAGACACGCACCGUCCCCGUCCCCUCAUGCGCCAUUUCAUAACGCCUCUGGCUUGGGGCUUGAUCAAUCGCUCCCCCCCCGAAAAAAUCCCUCACCAGUUAGAUAUUGAAAAACUCUCCUCCAGCCUCUCAAGGGGUAAAAUAUCAAACCAGAAACAGUCACUUCACUCUACGAUACCCCUCUAUGCUAAAAAGGACAUGGGGACGUUGCAAAACUUGAGACGGAUUUCGGCGAUGCGUAACGACCCACCGCCUCCUUAUACCUCCGAGUUGCCUACUAAUUCCGCUUUCAACGACGACCUUCUUUUGAACGGUUCUCAGGAGUCUCCUUACCCGUUCCACACUCCCAGAGCUUCUAUCACACAACUUCGGAAAUAUCUGAUCGAGAUAAUUGCGUUUACGUUCGGUGCCGACUUCGGGCAGCUAAACUCCAUGCUUGAUCAAAAUGCAGACGUUGCUAGCAGAGGAACCACGAUACUCAGAGAAGAAGAAAAAGUCGAACUCAUGCGACUAUCUACCCUUGUCGAGAAUUUACGCCAAAAAAUGCUCUACAAUCAAUUCAACACCACGCUCAAGCGUGACCGAGAUAUCAUCACGGACGCUAUCAUUAAACCUGCAAUAGAGAUUAGUCUCGACCCAGACUAUGCCAUGGACCUUAUCAGCACAUACGCGGAUCAUCAGGGCGAUCCGACUAAGCGAAAAUUCACCCUAGUAUCACUUUACACUCCAAUGUUUCUAAGGUUCAAGCCGUAUCCUGCUACGGUGGAUUUGCGUAAAACCUUGAUAUCGCAUGCCAAGGUCAUUAGUGCGAUUUCUCUAAACGAGUCCAUACAAGUUGCUUUGGGAAAAGCUCUUGCAGACUUUCAGGAGAAGCUAGGCUUCAAGACGAUUCCCGAUGUGUACAACGAUUAUUGCUGGCCUGUUCGUAUUGGGUUUUGGAAUUUGAAGAAUGCUUUGGAACCUUUGGACGACUACUAA